UCAGCACUCAGCAGAGAAGCAUGGAAUACGCGAGGUGAAGUAGUGUACGCAUGUGGGACGCACGUGACCAUUGAACACGUAAGCCGUUUGCGGCGACGGCGGAAGAAGCUUCGAAUGCCGUAUUAUUCGAGGUUAAAUAAGGGUGUCGUCGUUUUCAGAGCAGUUGGAUGUCGUUUUAUGCGGAAGAUGAAUGGCAUGGCAUUAUGGGUAGAAAGUUCCUUGGAGAUUAGAACUAAGUUCUAA